AUGUCAACCCAUAUCGCACCGGGGCACGUGGGCAACCUCACCCCAGAGCAGGAAGAGAAGCUGCGCCAGCUGUGGCACGCUUUAUUCCAGGUCUGCGGCGUUGCUGAAGAUAAUGGCUCUGCCGGCGCUGAUGCGGCAUCCCGUGGAAAGCCGGAAGCAGCGGAAGCAGACGGACAGAAGAAGAAGCGCUUUGGCGUCUUCAAGAGGAAGGGAAAUGAUAAGUCCCCUGCGCCGAGCGAGGCUGAAGACGACAAGUAUGGCCAAAACAAGCACUUCCAAGAGGUUCUGGCGAAUCACAGCCCUGAAGUCAUUCGCGAGACGUACUGGACUAUGGUGAAGCAUGAUCACCCCGAUGCUCUCGCCUUGCGGUUCCUUCGAGCCCGGAAGUGGGAUGUGGAGAAGGCUCUGGUUAUGCUGGUCUCUACGAUGAGCUGGCGGCACACCGAAAUGAAAGUGGACGAGGACAUCAUGAAGAACGGAGAGGAGGGGGCCGCUUUGGAUGCGCAGAAUGGCAAGGGCGACGCCAAGAAGGUUGGAGAAGACUUCCUGGCGCAGCUCCGAAUGGGCAAGAGUUUCUUGCACGGAGUGGACAAGCAGGGCCGGCCAAUUUGUGUUGUCAGAGUUCGCCUUCAUCGACAAGGAGAGCAGUGCGAAGAGAGUCUGGAGCGAUGCACUGUCUUCCUAAUCGAGACUGCGAGAAUGGUGUUGAGACCACCUGUGGACACAGCUACUGUCGUCUUUGAUAUGACAGGGUUUUCCAUGGCGAACAUGGAUUAUACCCCUGUCAAGUUUAUGAUUAAAUGCUUUGAAGCCAACUACCCUGAAUCUCUUGGAGCUGUCCUCGUCCACAACGCUCCCUGGUUAUUUCAAGGAAUUUGGAAGAUUAUCCGCGGCUGGUUAGAUCCGGUUGUGGCGGCGAAAGUUCAUUUCACAAAUAACAAGAAUGAUUUGCAAGAAUUCAUAGAGCCUGAGCAUAUCCUCAAGGAGCUUGGAGGCGACGAAGACUGGGAAUAUAAAUAUGAAGAGCCCAUCAUUGGCGAAAAUGAGGCGAUGAAGGAUACCGAGACCAGGGGAAAACUCGUCGGAAUUAGGGAAAAGCUUAUGAAGGAAUACGAAGAAGCGACUGUGCAGUGGAUACACAAGGGCGACAGCAAAGAAAUCACCGACAAGAGGGAUCAGCUGGCGACACAGCUCAGAGAAAACUACUGGCAGCUUGACCCGUAUGUGCGUGCGCGAUCUCUUUACGAUAGACAGCGGAUAUUGCAAGGUGCGGCUGCGGCGAGAUGGUAUGAUGCCCCAGCCUCUGACGGGAAUGGAAAUCUAGAAACAUCGGCAGAUGAUGUAGAUUAA